UACUAUAUUGUGGUAGAUAUUUAUUACGAUAUUUACCAUUAUUAUAUUGUGGUAGAUAUUUAUUACGAUAUUUACCAUUACUAUAUUGUGGUAGAUAUUUAUUACGAUAUUUACCAUUGCUAUAUCGUGGAAGAUAUUUAUUACGAUAUUUACCAUUACUAUAUUGUGGAAGAUAUUUAUUACGAUAUUUACCAUUACUAUAUUGUGGAAGAUAUUUAUUACGAUAUUUACCAUUACUAUAUUGUGGAAGAUAUUUAUUACGAUAUUUACCAUUACUAUAUUGUGGUAAGUAUUUAUUACGAUAUUUACCAUUACUAUAUUGUGGAAGAUAUUUAUUACGAUAUUUACCAUUACUAUAUUGUGGUAAAUAUUUACCAUUACUAUAUUGUGGUACAAAUUUAUUCCAGUAUUUACAGUUACUAUAUUGUGGUAGAUAAAUAUUACUAUAUUUACUAUUACUAUAUCGUGUAUUUAUUACGAUAUUUACCAUUACUAUAUUGUGGUAGGUAUUUA